AUGGCAAGUAUGUCGGACUACAAGGUGUCCGAAAACAUUGGCAUACCCCGGAGCACCAUACGUUCUUGGUUUGAUCAACGCGACGAAUUCACCGCCUUCCAAGGGAACAAAAAGCGAAUGAAAGUCAGCCCUGGUGGGCGACGGGAGAUGUUCCCUGACCCAAAGGGUUUGGUCGACUUUAUCGUCGAAAUGCGAGUUCGUGAACGAGCAUUGACAACAACUCACAUUAUCAACUGGAUUAAGCGCUACCAGAGUCAAUGGCUUCGGCUCUACCUUGUUGACAAGCAAGCUGGCACUGGCUACCAAAGCCUGCUCCGUCUCCUUCAGCAGUUCUGCCGCCGCCACGGUUGCAGUCGUCAACGCGCCGGCCACCGCAAGAAGUCGCACUGGCUGAAGUCCGCGACGAGUUCCAUUGCUUGCGAUGCCAAGGUGUCCUCUGGGGAGAUGCACUCCCUGCGUAUGACUGUGGCCCUUACCGUGCGUGGCCGCAUCGAGAUGCACGAGCUUCCAACCUACCCUUCUGGCCACGUAUACGCUGUUCAGCAAAAGGCCUGGAUGGACAACAAUAUGUGGAAACUGGACCUGCGCACCUUGCUGCUGCCUUGUAUUGAGGCGCAGUCUGUCAUUCUGGCCGACAACUUCGAGUCCCACAGGGCCAUGGCGCCGUUCAAACGUUUCCUGCGUGACGAGAGGUUGGCCGAGGAAAUCAUCGAUGGUGAGGAUGAAGACGAGUUUUACUCACCUUGUGCUGUGCAAAAGCGUCUCGCAAUGAUCAACAGGGCGAUCGGGGCCUGGGAGAAAGUCAGUGAAGACGUCGUUCGCGCAAGAGCUUUGUCAAAGCGAUUCCAAGUGCUUGAACGACAGCCACUCUUUGACAUUCUUUUUAAUUGUGGAAAAAGUUCGACACUGACCGGGGCUCGAACCCUGGCCCCCUGCCGUCGACUAACCAUUGCGCCACCGCGUCAAGCGCUCAUCUUUAACCUCGUUCUUUGGUAUCCAUCGUAA